AUGGCCGAAUCUCGAUUUGCCGGUUCCAGCUAUGCCGCGCAGCCAAAAAAUGCAUUUUCCGUCGAAAUCCCCGAUCCAUUUGUAAAUGUCGGCGAAAAGGUCCACGCGGGUAUCGGGGUGGCAAUUAAAAUCGUGCUCGUUUGCUUGGGUAUCGAAUGCAGCGCUUUUCGCGAUUAA